GAUGAUUCUUCUGUCAGUUAUUAUUAAUGAUUUCGAAAGUGAAUAAACCCAUUUAGAAUAUUUUAAUUGAAAAUACAUAACACAACAAUGGAGGAAAUUGACAAUAUUAUUAUUCAUUCUCUACGACAGAUUGGAUGUAACUUGGAUGAAGAAGUAUCCUCCGUGGGAGAUUUUACUCCAGAAUUAGUUAUAGAAGCUGCAAGUCGUUGCUUAAAUAUAAUUCAACCUAAUUUAGAUUUACCAUUAAUUUUACCUGCUAACAUGGCUAUGCGUUUCAAAGCUACAGCGGCUAUUGCUGCGGCUUGCAAAGAUGUAGGAUAUAAUGGUGAUAUAGGUUAUCAAGCAUUUUUAUACUCCAAUGAGAGCGACCUACGUAAAAUUUUUAUGUUUCUUAUUGAACACCUACCUAAAGACGCUGAUAAAGAAAUUGUGUCAGGUCCCAAAGGGCUUGCAGAUGAAUUGCUACAAAAUAUAGCCCAUGUUUUGCAUAAACAACUUACAGCCCCAUUUUUAUUUUCUCAAUGUAAACCAAAUGGUUUCAGAGUAUAUGAUAGUGGCAUUUUGUGCAUAGAAGGCCGACCAAGAAAGUUGAAUGUUAGUGAAACUAAAUCACUAACUAUACCACAACCAUACUUACCAAAUGUUUGCCAAGCAUUCAAAAAUUAUUGGGUAAAAUAUCUUCCAUUUUUGAAAGAUCAGAUAGAUAGUCACUCUAUCAUCCAAUCUGUUAUAUCUCAUAAUGAUAAAAAUUUAGGAAAAACUUCUACAGAACAAGAUAUUCAAAAUCAUUUACUGAAACAGUGGAACAAAAUUAACAAUUCUGUUAGUAGCAUUACUGGUGAUGUUAAUAGUCAUUCUGUAGAUAAUUUCUCAAAAGCAAGUUUAGAUAUAAAAGCAAUUAUUAAAAAUGAAGUAAAUGUUAAUGAGCAACAAGCAGAAAAUGAGGCAGAAGUUAUAGUAGAACUGGCAAAUAAAACUGAGACUAUGAAUGCAGAUAUUGGAGCUUAUGCUUGUGAAAUAGUAAAUUAUCAACAAGAAUUACAAAAGUUAUUAGAUGAUAGGUAUAAUGAAGAUAAUCUGUAUAAAAAAGCUAUCGACAAGUAUGAGCUGAUUGUUAAAAGUCGGACUCUAUUAGACAACAGAGAAGAGAAUUUAUUAAAAUUGCAAAAUAAAGCAGAAGCCAGUGCUAAGAAGUUGAUACAUUUAUCAAAACAAUGGGAGGAACAUAAAUUAGGUUAUAUGGAACAAUACCAAGCAGCAAAAAAUAAAGCAAAUUUUAAAUCUUCAGAACAUAAACAAUUAAUUGAAUCAUUAGAAAAUAUAACACAAGAGUGUGAUAACAUUAUUAGUCAAAUUAAUCUUAAAACUAAUCAACAAGCACAGUUAUCAAAGGAAUAUGAAAAUGCUAAUAAAGACAUAAACAGAUCUGCAUAUACAAAUCGUAUAUUAGAAAUUAUUGGCAGCAUUGGCAAACAAAAAACAGAUUUAAAUCGUGUAUUGAAUGAAACUAGAACAUUGCAGAAAGAAAUAAAUAACUUAACAGGCCGAUUGCAGAGAAGUUUUACAGAAACUGAUGAACUAAUUUUUGAGGAUGCAAGACGGCAUGAGUUAGGCCGGACAGCAUAUAAAUUACUAGCAACCCUGCAUACUGAUUGUAAGUCACUUGUUGAAACUGUUGAAGCAAUAGGUGGUGCUGUUCGAGAAUCUAGAGAACUUGAAGAUCAUAUUCAACAGGAAAGUAAUAAACGAAUUGCUGAUAGUUUGGCAAGGGUUAAAAGGGAUCUUGACAGUAUGAGGAUGGAUAGUGCUGAACUAAAAAGACUAAUAGAACAAAAGCAAAGUAAUGCACAGUAGA